CAAUCAACAAUACAUACUGCAAUUAAUGUUGCAGAAAAAAAAAAGCAAACAAUUUUUGACUUAGUUGAGGCGUUUGUAAGUGCAAACAUUCCAUUAGAAAAGGUUGCCAAAUUGCAUCUAUGGCUUAAGGAUAAUCUUCAUAAUGGUGGUUUUAUUCCUUCAGCUGAUGUUUUAAGAUGA